ACACCGACCCCUGCAAGGGUUCUCCAGUGCUCCCCUGUGGCAUGGGUGCAUGCACCAAGGCACCUGCCCCGUGGGACCCGUCUGUCCUCCUGCCCUCCUGCAAGUGCCCUUUCAAUCUCCCCUCCUUCCAACCUUCUCAUCUUACCGGCCUGCCCUCCUGCUUCCCUGAGGCCUACACGUGUCGCCAGCUCGCCAGCAACCCAUGUGCCCCGGGGGUGUGCAUUGACGACAUAGACGGCACCUACUCCUGCCUCUGCCCCUCGCCCUACUUCCCCUUCUAUUUCUACCCCAAAGGCUCUGCCCGCUGUUACCAGUUGCAAUUGAUCGAGGUUCGAAUGCCCACCUUCCUGUCUCCAUACGGCCUCACAUGCCCUCUCAUCCUCAACACCUAUGGGCUCACCCAAGCGGACUUCUUCAGCCAAAACAAGGGGUUCCAGUGCAGAGCGCCCAUCCCUGUAGACACGCUGGUUAACAUCACCAGCCGGGCUUUCUCCCAAUGCACUGCCAUGUACACUGCUAAUUAUGGUGACACGUGUGAUUCACUCAAUGCCCUCUUCUCCACGCAGAUACAGCCGCUCAACCCUGCGCUCAGCUGCUCUGACGGGCCCAGGCCCAGCCAGGUGUGUGCAGGUGUGAGCGGGUAUUCACUCACACAUCCUCCCACCCUUCUCUCCUCUCUGCUUCCUCUCCCCCCUUGCCCCCCGCUCCCCCUUGCCCCUACGUCCCAGCUCCUAUGUGUGGACUUCAACCAAACCCCUCCACCACCUCCUCCUCUAGCCAAUUACACGAGUGACGGAGCGCUGGUGACUGUGGUGCAGGGCCCGCAGAGCUGCCAGCAGCUGUGGCGGGCGUUUGCCAUCGCCUCCCCCACGCGCUUCUUCCAGAUGAAUCCCGGCCUCUCGUGCGACUCUCUGCUGCCGCACAGCCCCCUGCAGGGGAAUAUGAUGAGGAAGGUGAGUCGGAAUGCCCGUGUGUAUGGGUUGAGGGCGGUGGGAGGUGGUGGGGAAAGGGAUAAGGGAGAAGUGAAGGGGAGGGGGGGUGGGUGA